AUGAAUCACAAAUCUACUUAUUAAUCGUCAUUUGGUGGUUUUACUUCCAUUGCAACAAUCUUUCUUGUGUUUCUAUUUUUUUCAACAAAUUUUGUCGAUUAUUUGGAUGGAAAAAAUAUUAUUACUAAGUAAACUUAAGUUUAUGAUGAUGAUCUAACAAAUCUGUAAUUGGAUGAUUAAGAUUUUAUAAUGGCAUUAGGAAUUGAAUAGAGUAACUUUUUAAGCCAACCAUACUUUACUUUAAGUCUAUAAUAAAGGUAUCAAAAUUGAGGAUUAUGUAGAGAAUAUGAAAGACUUCCAAAUGGAACAGUUUUAAAAAACAUUACCUAACUUCCUUUGGUUCCAUGCACUUUAGAGCGUUUCUAAUAAAUUUUUGAAAGGUAUGGAAAAAACUUUUCAGAGGACUUUGAGAGACUUUAACUCAAGAACUUGCUUUGUCCAUAGUAAUGUGUUAAUCUAUAUUAUGAUAGAACAUAAAUAAGUAUGAAUAUUGGUGGAACAUAUACAUGUAUAUUAGAAAUAUUAUUAAAGCCAAUAAUUUUAACUUUCUGAAAAUCGAAGUUACUCCAUGCAAAUAAAGUAGUUCUACUGAUAAAACUUGUGCAUCAGAUGAUGAAAUAAAAUAAUAAUUAGAAUUAAAUGGAAAUUUCAAAGUAUAGGUAUAUGUAGUAAAUAAAGUAUAAUGUAUAUGAUUAUAUAAUAGGUAAUAAAUCCUAAUAAAAUUGGAUCAGAUUACAUAUCUAUUUUUCUAGAUGAUUAAAGUUACUUAUCGUUUGUGCCUAAAAAAAUAAAUAAAUAUGCUAACAUAUACUUUAGAUAAUAUUAAUUUUAAAAUAGUGUUGCUCUUUAUCCAUUUAAGUAAGAACAUCAUUGUGAAUUUGAAGUGAGGAUCAGAAUCUGAAUUUUAUUUCGAUAGAUAAUACAGAGACCAAAGAAAUAACUGAUUUAGGAAGAGAUUCCGAUACUAUUUAUGCUGCAUUCUAUUUUCGUAAAAGUCCUAUCACUAUUUUGGUUGAGAGAAAGAAUUAAAAUGUUACUGAUUUAUUAUCCAAAUUGGGAGGUUUACUCUAGAUUUCCUUAAUUGUUAUGGGAUUCAUUAUAUCAGCGUAUAAUAAAAUAACAAGUUAGCGUUUUCUUUAAAUUAAGUAGUGUUUGUAGAAUUAUCGAAUAAGAUUUAUGAGUUUAGUCCUGAUAUUGAAGAGUAGAAUAAAUAGCAUUAAUAAAAUUUAAAAUUAAUUGAUAAUGCUUAUGAAGAGAAAUAGUUCAGACAAGAAUACUAUGUAAAUAGAGAAGGUUAAUAACAACAGAUUCCUAAUAGUGAAAUUAAACAUAAAAGUAAAAUCCUACGACUUUUCGGAAAAAGCUAGCCUGAUAAACAUAUUAUGUUGAUUGAUCGUCCAACAACUGAAAAUAAUGAGUGUGUUAAUUAAGGUUUAAAUGAGAAUGAAGAUAAAAGUAAUUAAAUUACAUAAUUGGCAAUAAAAGAUCAUAAUAUUUUAGCUUAAAGGCUUAAUUGUGUAAGUGGAUUAGAUUACUUUAAAAAAUAAAUUAAUCUUAUAUUAAAUCGAUCAUAACCAUUGAGAUUUAAUAUGAAGAUCUUUUUGAAUUAAUUGUGUCUAAGAAAGGCUUUCUCGAAUUCUCUUUCUGUUCUAUUUUAUAAUUAAGCAGUGUAUUAUACUAUAUUAUUUAAUAUUAGUGAUAAAAUCAAUGAAUAAUUAGAUGUAUUUAAUAUCUUGACAAAAUUGAAUGAGAUUGAUAAACUUAAAGAAAUUCUUCUUACUAAUUCUUAAUAAUUAUUAUUUGAUUUUGCAUCAAAACCAAUCAUUUCAAUGAUUGAAGAAAAAGAAAUACCUAUUUCAAGAACACUUCUAGAAAAUAGAGCAAGAAACACGUAAAUAUCUUAUUAUUAUAAUAUAGUAAUGUUUCAUUUUAAAGGAAAAGAACUAGAAAAAGUUAGGUAAUAUAAUCUAAUAAUAAAUCGUUUUUUCGGACUCAAAGUAUUGAUAGGGAUAAUAGAAUUUACAAUAGAAUAUAUAGAGUAUUUUAAUAAAUAUAUAUAUAGGCAUAUGAUAUGAUAUUAUAAUAGAGUGCAGAUUAAAAUCCUCAACAUGAAGUUAAUAGAAAAUUGAUUAAGAAACUUGGAGAUGAAAUGUAAGCUAUUUUUAAAUUGUCUAAAUUACUUGAUUUUGACGGUAUUAGGAGAUUGAGAGCUAAUUCAAACAUAGAUCUAAUUUGUAGGAAUACUCAAAAUAUUCCUGAAGAGAUAAUGAGCUAAUGA